CCGCUUUUUUAUCGACAAAUUUUGUUCAGCGAUGAGGCUCAUUUCUGGUUGAAUGGCUACGUAAAUAAGCAAAAUUGCCGCAUUUGGAGUGAAGAGCAACCAGAAGCCGUUCAAGAACUGCCCAUGCAUCCCGAAAAAUGCACUGUUUGGUGUGGUUUGUACGCUGGUGGAAUCAUUGGACCGUAUUUUUUCAAAGAUGCUGUUGGACGCAACGUUACAGUGAAUGGCGAUCGCUAUCGUUCGAUGCUAACAAACUUUUUGUUGCCAAAAAUGGAAGAACUGAACUUGGUUGACAUGUGGUUUCAACAAGAUGGCGCUACAUGCCACACAGCUCGCGAUUCUAUGGCCAUUUUGAGGGAAAACUUCGGAGAACAAUUCAUCUCAAGAAAUGGACCGCUUUGGAAGACAACAUUUCCGAAGAAAUUCGGGCUAUUCCGGCCGAAAUGCUCGAAAAAGUUGCCCAAAAUUGGACUUUCCGAAUGGACCACCUAAGACGCAGCCGCGGUCAACAUUUAAAUGAAAUUAUCUUCAAAAAGUAAAUGUCAUGUACCAAUCUAACGUUUAAAAUAAAGAACCGAUGAGAUUUUGCAAAUUUUAUGCGUUUUAUUGUUUAAAAAAGUUCUCAAGCUCUUAAAAAAUCACCCUUUAGAAAGGUUGUGCAAUCACUGUAAAAACCGACUUUUGAACCGAGGCCCGAAAGGCCGAGUGUCAUAUACCGUUCAACUCAAUUGGUUAAUUACGCAAAAUGUCUGUAUGUGUGUGCAUGUUACAUUUUCGUGCACCCAAUUUUCUCAGAGACUGCUGCAAACUUUGAUUCAAAUGAAAGGUUUUAAAGUCUCAUACAAUGCUCUUGCAUUUUUUUUCGAAUCCCUCUUCCGGUUCCGGAGUUACAUCACUAUGUGAAGAAAAUGAAAAUAUUUACACUUACUUUUCUCGAAGAAGGGUCAGGGUCAUUUCCCCGAAAGCUGUUUCGUCGAAUGCCAUUUCGCCGAAUUGUACACCUGUCACAAUAUUGUUAUUAGAAUUGAUUUAAAGUAAAGAUAAACGAAAGAUGAUAGCGCUUACGCUUGUUUUGUUGACCUACAAUUGUACUACUGAAAUAUCUCAUAUUUAAAAAAAAGGGAUAAAUUCUUUUCCCCGUGUUUCAUACUCUAGGAAUCCUACCCUAUCAAUUAAAUUGUUUAGAUUGUUUCAUGAUGCUCAGAAUGGAAUUUCCAAGAAAACAUGUCGACUUUAUUAGCUACUAAACAUUCACCACAUCAUUUUUAUCGCCGCUUCGGACGACGGGUCGGCGGCUAAUUCAGCUGGCGUCGUCUUAGUUGCGGUUAUGUGGCUGCGCCCAUGAAUUCUCUUGGAGAGAUAAAACAAAUAAAUGUUUUGGAUAAAUAGCCAGAAUUCGUUGUUUUUUUUUAUAAAUAAUCAAUGUUUCCUUUUCUGCUAAUUUUGCUUUUCGGCGAAACGACUUUCGGCGAAUUAAUCCAUUCGACGAAACGACUAUCGGCGAAAUAGCUUUCGGCGGAAUGACCCACUUUCCUCGGAGAUGGCUGAACCGACGUUAACAAACUUAGAUUCAAAUGGAAGGUCUUGUAGUCCCAUACAAAACUCCUGCAUUUUAUUUGAAUACGACUUCCAAUCCCGAAAUUGCAGGGUGAUUAGCAAAAAAAAAUACAAUUUCAAAAUACUAAGUCACUUUCCUCAGAGAUGGUUCAAAUGAGCGGUCUUAUGGUCUCAUACAAAACUUCUUAGUUUCAUCCGGAUCCGAUUUCUGGUUCCGGAGUUACAGGGAAUUACAGAAUGAUAAAAGUUCAAUACCGUCGUUCAGAGCGGUCAAGUAAAAUACAUAAAGUAUCAAAAACUAUUUCAGCCGGUAGUCAAUAGAAAGCUAAAGGAACCGAUUCCGGCUAUCCUGGUUCCCGCUUUCCGAUCCCAGAAACACCGGAAAUAAUGUUCAUAUACCUACUCCAAAUAUGAACUCUCUCACUUUUUUCGAAAAUGGCUUGACUGAUUUUCAAAAAUGUGGAUCCAAGUGGAAGGUCUUAUGAUCCCAUGAAAAAUUCCUGAAUUCCAUCCAGGUCCGGCGGCGGCGAAGCAAAAAUUAAAAAAAAAAUCCAAACAAAUCUCAACAUUAUUCCUAUCGAUGGUCAGUUUGAGCAGAAGGCCAAAUAAAGUGGGUCCGACUAUUUUGGUUUCCGAUUCCAGAAGCACUGGAAAUAGUGGAACUGUGUUAUUUUGCUAGUUGAUGCAGAAACAAACUUUUUUGUUUUCUCACAAGAAACAAAGGAAAUUAUUUGAAGAAUACCAUAUCGUUAUAUGUGAGAAUAUGAGAGUCAUGAGAAAGGAAUCAUCACACCACUAGGAGGAUUAAAUUAAGGUUUUCCCAUCUUUGUCAAACUAUUGAAUAUUCUUCAACAGGCCGAAUUAGCAGACAAUUUAGUGAGAUCAUGUCGUUUGAAACGAAAGUAACAUACUUGGCGGUAUACCAUUCCAGCUUUGAUUUCGCGCAAUGGCAAGAUGCAAGAUCUAGCCAGAAGAUAGUAGGUUCCUUGUGGCUUAGAAUCAUGGGUCGACUUUUUGUAAACUGUCCUUGAUGUACCACAACUACAAAUAGCUUGCCAAACCGCAGCUUUCUAUCAAAUUUUUCACCUUGAAACAAUAUCUCGGACUGGUUCAAUACUUACCCUUUUCGCACCGUAUGAUUUCGAAGUCCUGGUUCGAAUUCCAGGUAGAUUUCGAUACAAUAUUAUACAAUUAUACAAUUCCUGAUCGCCUGAUCGAAGCUUCUUGUUUCGUAGUGCAUCUCGGCUGCUAGUGAUUCUUGUUGGUCCGAAGAUGCAAACGCUAUAGAGCACAAAAAACGUUUCACUUCGAAGUGGAAAUUUUUUUGACACAUUUCGAAUUUAAUCGUUAAUAAUCGAAAUAAUCUCCUUCGUUUGGUACAUCGAUAAAGAUAUUGCACUUCGGCGGAAAAUCAAAAAGUGGUUUUCAGAAAACAGAAAUUUCACGUCUGAUUAGCGGUAUGUUGAACUGCUAGGUGGCAUAACAGUUCAACACAAACUGUUAUGCACUGAUGAGGCAAAGCCGAAUCGUUAACAAAAUUAAACAUGGCUAUGUGCCCUGAGAGCAUAAAAUACGGCUAGCUCAUGAGAUAUGUGUUCCAUGAUUUAACAUUGGUGAUUUUAUUGGGAGAAACGAGGAACGUGGAAAAUAUUUGAACCCACCGAAUUGCAGACACUCUUGGUCGAAGAUGACAACACAAACAACCAGAAAAAUGGCUGAGACAUUAUAUCUAUCACAACCUGCCUCCUCCGACUGCUUGAGUGCCAUGAGAGAAUAUCAUAAGAUAGGAAAAUUGGUACCAAAGACCAAAGGGUGUUUGGAAAAUCAUGAUCAGAAAAGUUAAUUUCAUUAUUACUCGUGAAAAAAUCAGUUCAGAAGAUUUUCUAAAAAAAAUCAGUGACUGAAAAAAUCACUUCCGAAAUUUCCAUCAUGAAACAAGUAUCCACCAAAACCUGAACCUUGUAGUUUUCAAGUGAUUUUUUUGUGUCAGCGAACCCACAGAAAUGUCGCCAAAGAAAUAAUCGAAAAUGAGAGGAGUCUCCGAUGAUAUUUCGAUGAAGAAUUUUCACUACGCUUCGGUUCGAUAUCGAAGUGAUUUGUGCAAGAUUUAAUUAUUAUAUUUUCAUCAAUAAAAAUAUUUCUACUGAAUACAUUCGCAACUGAAAAAUAAUGACUGCUAUAUUUCCGAUGCAUGGGGAGUGCAAUAUUUUCUGCCACAUUCCAAAUAGUAAUUAUAGUGACGAAAGGUUAUUUUAAUUCCAGCUGGUUGUUUAUGCUUAACAAUUUAGAUUUAACCCAAUAAAACGCUAUUUACCAUGAAUUUGGUUUAUAGAAGUAACAGGAGCGCAUCCUUGUAAGCAUGUCUCGAAUGCACAGUAGACGCGCUCCUGUUACUUCAGUAUAGGGUUUUCAAGCUAAAUUGUCUAAUAUUUUUUAAUCAGAUGCGUAGCAGCUUUGUGAUUGUUUGUAUCAUCAUUAAAACUAUUAUUAAUUACUGCACUUGCUGCUUCUAUUGAUGAUAUUACUUCACCAUGACUGUAUUGCCGGAUAAAUUUCGAAUACAUCACCACUAUUGAUCCAUUUAUCAAUCACCCCACGCGCAUUGAACACUUUCAGAAAGGUUCAGUUUUUGUGCAUCGGCGAAUUUAUUCAUCAUGUAUUCUGCAAAGAGGCUAUAAAAAAUCAUGUCCCAAAAAUCUCCUGUUCGAGGAUCAAAUCCGAUAUAUUGCACGUGCGAACUUUUUCUUAAAUAUCACCGAGCAGAAUAUUCGCUACUGAACGUUCCACAACUGAUUUUUUGCCAAAUGGAAUCAGUUUCAGUGAGAAUCGCAUUUGCUAAAAAUCAAUGCUGAACUUUUCUGCAGUGAGUUGUCUGAUCGAUGAUAUUUUUUGUCUGAAAAUCUCUUCUGAAAAAUCUCAUUCGCGAUUUUCGAAAUUUCGAAUUUUUCCCAACACUAUCAAAGACAAGAAGAAAACUGUCAAACCAUUUGUGAAAUGCUACUGAAGUGCUACAGAAAGGUAUUAUGUUUGCAUCGGAAUGUGGCCGACAAUCAAAAGUGGAUCUGUUUUAGGAAUUCUUAUCGCAAAAAAAUAUGGGUUAGUACAGAUACAGGCAUCAGAAUUGAUUGCAAAACCAAGAAGUAAAUAUUCUACGUCUGGUGGGAUCAGCAUGGUGUUAUCUUUUAUGGGCUGCUGAAACCGAAUGAAACAUUUAAUACGCUACAAACAACAAACGAUCGAUUUGAAGUGAUGGAUUUAGUUAAAAUGACCAGAAUAUGGGUCCAGAUAGAGGAAAGUGAUACUUCUUCAUGACAAUUCUCUGUCUCAUACUUCGCAACCGGUCCGGUAGCAGGUAAAGGAGUUCGGAUGCGAAGUACUAUCGCAUACGCCUUACUCGCCCGACCUAGCCCCUUUAGACUAUCUCCUAAAAAAAUGGGUCGAUUCCUUUUUCGAAUCAAAAGGUAAUCUAGAAAGAAGGGAAAAUGUGUACCUAUAAGGAUAACCAAUCCUUUCAAAUAAACGUUUGGUUUUUUGUUUUUCAUCAUUCAUUUGAAUGCAUUUCUUGACCAGGCUUAGCAAUCACUAUUUUAAGAAGAGUAAAUACACUUUGUGAAUGAAAUCUUGAUUAGAUUAAGCAAUCAUUACUGUCACAAGAUAUGUAAUGAGUAGGGUAACAGAGGUAUUUUGGCCCACUUUAGGAUUGAUGUUUUUAUAUCUUUAAAAAACUCUUCCGCAAUAGGUAAUUUAAUGUGAUUAGCUUCAAAUUGAUGCAACAUGGGUCGAUUAAAUCCAUACAGUUUGUUAGGUGGGCCAAAAUAUAUGAAGUGGCCAAAAUACCUCUGUUACCGUAGUAGUACGCUACUAGUCCUCUGUAAUCUACAGUUAUUAUUUCGCGGCUAAUUCUAGUUUUCAGUGCGAAUCAUCUUAUCAGUUUGUUUCUUACCAUGUUCAUUACGUUUCAUAAUCAAAUGCGUACCGUACCAGGAGUUAAAUAAAUGCAUCAGUUCUGAUUCAAGAUUCAGUCGACAAUGUUGGCAUUACUUAUACUGCUUGGGGUGCUGGUGUUUCGUGCUAUCACAGAACAAGUGCUUUCAGAAGAUUGCGAGCUUUCAAAACGUUUAUCAAAUGAUGCAAUUCCGACACAUUAUAAUAUUCAAAUUCGAAUAGAAAAUCUCUCCGGAAAAGAUAGUUACGAAGGAUUAGUGGAAAUCUAUAUUGAAAUCCUAAACGCCACCAACGAAAUUGUUCUUCAUUCUACCAAUCAUAGCAUCCGAAAAAUUCGGUUGUUUCAUCAAAAUAGUGAUACGAAUUUCACGGAGCUCGAUCAGCCGACAAAAAAGUUGGAAGACCUGUAUGACCUUUUAAUUCUGACUUCUAAUCAACCGCUCGGAAGCGGUAACUAUUUGCUGCAUAUCAGUUUCGAAGGAACAGUGACUGAUGUACCCGAAGGAAUAUUUACUCGAUUUUAUACUGACCGAGAAGGUCGACGAAGAUCCUACACAGCGGUACAUUGCGAACCAAUGAACGCACGGAAGAUUUUCCCUUGUUUCGAUGAGCCGGGCUUCAAAGCGUCCUUCAAUGUAUCCAUUAUUCAUCAUCAAAAUUACAGUGCUGCGACGAACAUGCCUUUGAUAUCUGCAUUACCCUACGAUCAGCAUUACGUCAAGUCUUCCUUUCAACAAACACCAAGAAUGUCAACCUACCUACUGUCAUUUGUCGUAUCGGAUUUCAUUCGGGAAACGUUCGGUGAACAAUCGAUACUGGCAUCCGUUGAUGUUCUCAAUGGCACUGAAUUUGCAAAACGUAUUGCCAACGACAUAAUGAUCGCGUUGGACACACACUUCCGACUGCCGUACAAAAAGUACAUGCCGCAAAUAACACAUCUGAUCAUUCCGAACCUCACAUCCCAUUGGUAUGCGUCGGAGAAUUGGGGCCUGAUAUCCUAUCGGGAGGAUUGUAUUUUGUUUGAUUCAACACGACAAGACUUGAAGCAACGUACAGUAAUUCUAGAGUGUAUCGCUCACGAAUUGGCACAUCAAUGGUUCGGUAACCUGGUAACUCCGGUGUGGUGGGAUCACCUAUGGAUCAAGGAAGGAUUGGCUACCCUAUACGGAUUCUAUGCUCUACAUCUGGCAUAUCCCACCGAGGGAUUCAUGGAUUUGGUCACUGCGAAAGUGCUUCAGGUGGGUUUGAGGGAUUCCAGCGACAGGAAACCGAUUGCACGGAGCUGUGCUUCAAAGGAAGCCUCAGAGAAACCGGAUGUGAUAUCCGUUUAUCACAAAUCGGCCAGUGUGUUCAACAUGUUUCGUGUGAUCAUGGGCGAUGAUCGAUGGCGUCAGUUUAUGAUCAAUUUUCUACGCAACCGAGCAUUGGAGUCGAUUACACCCGAAGAUUUGUACGCAGAGAUAGAGCUAGUUGCCGGUGGAGAAAAUUUGUUUCCUGCAGGAAUGACCGUUAAAGAAGUGUUCGAUUCGUGGAUAUCCAACGCUGGAACUCCGGUGAUCACAGUUCAUCGCUUAUAUAACAACAGAAAAAUGAUAAUUUCCCAGACUCGAAUGCAAUCUUGCCCUGAAAACAGUUCAAAUUGGAUCAUUCCGUAUAGUUAUGUCUGCACAAACUCUACAUCUCACGACGACACUGUCCAGUGGUUAACGACGCUGGCUGAAUUAGUUAAUGUAGAUGCUUCUGAAAAGGAAUGGAUUGUACUGAAUAAGCAACAAUUCGGCACUUAUCGAGUAAAUUAUGAUGAGCAAAACUGGCGGUUGAUUAUUGAGGCACUUCGGAGGAACGUUUCCUGCAUUCCUCGUCUCAAUCGAGUACAGCUUCUGGACGAUGCGUUCAAUCUAUUUGAAGAUGAUAAACUAGAUGCUGCAGUUCUUCUAGAACUGACAACGUUUCUUCGACAUGAGCUGGAUCCUCUGGUUUGGAGUACAGCGCAACAAAUUCUCGAUUAUUUAUAUGCCGAAUUUGUAGGAACGACAUAUAUCGGUCAUCUAAAGGCAUUCUUCCGAUAUCUGGUAGAACCUAUCUAUCAAAGAUUGUCUACAAAACCGGACAUUCUGACAUUGAACUUGUCAGCCAAAAAGUGGAUAGUCAAAAUAUCAUGCUCCUACGGUAACGAAGAAUGCCAUGAUCGGGCUCGUAUGGCCUUCAAACGGGUUGUCCAAACGAACACCCCGGUUAGUCGGAGCGAUUACACGUUUGUUUAUUGUUUCGGGCAGCAAAAUUCCACUGACUUCGAGUUCGAUUGGCUGCUGAGACAAUUGCUGUCUAUCAAAGAUCACCAGGAUCGACAUACCCUACUAACCGUAACGGCCUGUACCAACCGUGUCGAUCGGCUCUGGAGGCUAAUAGAUACUGUGCAAGUCGAAAGCAUGGAUGACGAAGAACAAUGGCGAGACUCAUUCGAUAGUAUUGUUACGGGAAUUGAAUUUGGAUUGAUCAACGGUCAAUUCGCGGUCCUGGUUGAGCUACUGAGUAGUGGAACAAUGUUGUUGAACCAGUUAGGAGUAAAAUUGGUAAAAAUGUUGGUUUCGUCUGUCACACACUUAGCAGUAACCGAAAUCGAACGAAACGCUCUGGUACAAUCACUGGGUAGUAUGGAUAGGAAGCAUACAAACUUUACGGAAGACGUUGUCAGAUCACUUUUUUUGAAGAAUGAUAACGAUAAGAAAACAACAAAGUUCUUAUCGAUGGUUGCUUUUCUAGAGAGCUUUAUCAGCGAAUUAUAAUUAGAUGAAAAGUAGUCAUUUCUAAAUAGUCGGAUUAGCUAUAAGUUACUUAGAAUCUACUUCAUUUUGAUGAAUAGUAAUCACGAAUUUCAAAUGGGUAUCAGUUCUACAUAUAUAAAUCAAAAUGGAUUAAUAUUAAAAGUGAUCAUUAGUAUAAAUAAAUUAAAAAUGAGUAUCAAUGCUUGACAAAGUUCAUUUCGUACUUCGUAACUUCGACUUUUUUUUUAUUGAAAGCCGAAUUAUCACCGAAUCUCAAAGAUAAAUAGAAAAUUGAAUAAUUUGAUUGAACGCAGAAGUGUUCACAAAAACAAGUUAAACACAGUUUGCUGACUUUCCACCCUAAGCUUCCAGGUGAGUUUCAAAGCUAUAAAGACUAAUCUCAUAAACUCUCAUUUCCGGAACCGAAUAACCGAUCCAAAAAACGCUCCAUUCCUCAUUAUAAUAUGAUUUCUUUAAGGCAAGGUUCCUCAAAAAAUCAAAUUUUUAGUAAAAAUUAUAUAUUAUACUCUUAGAAAUGAUAUAGAAUUAGUCCCGAGGGUACACGAGACCGAGAAGUUGGUAUUAAAAAGGGGGGACGUUGCACGCCCAGGCACGAUUAGUCGCGAAUAAAAACUUUGCUCGGCUUUUUCUCGAAACCACGUUUUUUCAGCUAGGUGUCACUCGUUUUCCAAAACUAUUGCACGUAUUAAGAUGAACCAAGCGGAAUUUUACUCUCGAAAAUUGAAAAAUGCCCGUUAUUUCGUGUUCGUCAAUUUUUCAUUCUAGUUUCGAACAUAGCCAAUUCGAUACAGAAUAUGAAACUGUUUUGCUUUUUGCUCUCCGAUGAUUGGUUACCAUAGGUCGUGAGACUAACGAUUUUAUUCAUGCAAUACAAUCAUUCCAACGCAUAUCUAACUUUCCGAUGCCGUGCUUGUAGAUGAAUUUGUCUUUUGCAUCAAAACAGGCUUAAUAUUCAGCAAUUGCUUCUUCAUUUGAGUUUAAUUUCUUAUUUCUUUCUUCAUUUAUUUUCAUCAAGAAGCAAUGUUGAAUUAACACACGAAAUUGUUUUCAAUUCGUUGUUUUGGAAAUGACAAAAGUAACUAACAGAUCUAAAUGUCAUGCAAUUUCACUCAUGGUCUUUUGAAAGUUGAGACUUCAUAAUCGUCAUAUGGAUUACACAAUGAUAGCGCUAUCUGUAAUCGAUGAUUCCUUAAGUUUGAAAAGUCUAUAGAUGGUUCGUUAACAGUGAUUUUAUUAAAACUUCAAAGUUACAGCAUUAGACGGUGUUACAUUUUCCUCAGUUCGAACGAAAUCUUGAGCCUUUCUCUUGAUGAAACUCAUCCACGCCUGCACAGCGGAGUCAGUGCAUUUUUUCGUUUUGCCCACAUUUGGUGGAUGCCUGUGACUGUCACGCCGCAUUGUCGAAGACGCUGUUAUAAAAUUGUGCAAUAUUUUUCGAUUAGUCGAAAGUCCGGGCUCUUCGGUGGAUUUAGCUUGGGGACAAAAUCGAUCUUGUUUGGCAGUAUACCUCUCCAAAACUACCUUAAAGUGGUAGCAGCUGGCCAAAUCAAGCCAAAAGAAGAAUUUGUCCUUAUGCUUGCGGAUGAACUGCAACCAGAAAAAAGCGAUAGUAACUUGAAUAGCAAACAUUAUUUUAUUAUUGAA